GCGAACGGCCGCGGCGAUGUCUUGCUUCGUCUUCUAACCCUCCCGGUGCCUUUCCUCUUUUCUCUCCCCCUCCUCCUCCUCUCCCCCAUUUUGUGGGGUGGGGGGCCCUUCAGGCCGAAGCGGCAGCCGAAACCCUCCUCCGACGAGGGCUAUUGGGACUGCAGCGUGUGCACCUUCCGGAACAGCGCCGAGGCCUUCAAGUGCAUGAUGUGCGAUGUGAGGAAGGGCACCUCCACCCGGAAACCUCGACCUGUCUCUCAGCUGGUUGCGCAACAGGUUACCCAGCAAUUUGUGCCCCCUACACAAUCAAAGAAAGAGAAAAAAGAUAAAGUAGAAAAGGAAAAAAGUGAAAAGGAAACAACUAUCAAAAAGAACAGUCACAAGAAAACGAGGCCCAGGUUGAAAAACGUUGACCGAAGUAGCGCUCAGCACUUGGAAGUCACUGUUGGAGAUCUGACAGUCAUAAUUACAGACUUUAAAGAAAAAACUAAGUCACCGCCUGCCUCCAGUGCAGCUUCUGCAGAUCAGCACAGUCAGAGUGGUUCUAGCUCUGACAAUACAGAGAGAGGAAUGUCCAGGUCAUCAUCACCUAGAGGAGAAGCCUCAUCACUGAAUGGAGAAUCUCAUUAAAGUUUAUUUACUCCAGUUUCCUUAGUCUUUCCUCUCUGAAACUUGCAAAUAUACACAACUUCUGCCAACAGUUACCACAUUUUCAUGACUUAUUACCCACCAUGCACGAUUUGUAUGUUUACUCAAAUAUGAUUUAUGCAGUUUUAUACAAGCAAAGUACAGCAAUGGGAUUAAAUUUCAUUGCAGUCUUCAAAACAUUUUGAGAUCAAAUUUUUAAUCUUCAUAUGCAAAGGUGCCAUGAAAAUGUGGUUUGAAUGUUCUUGAUGCAGUGUUACUGGUAAGUCCAUUUUCUUCUUUAGUUUAGUGAAUUCUAACACAACUCUUGGAUUCUAUACUAUUGGCAUGUACUGAAUUACAUUUUUAUAACAUAGUUCAAACUGCCUAAAUAUGUAUUAUUUGAGAAUUGUGAAACAUAGUUAUAUGUAUGCAAGUCAAAGAUCAACUUAAUCAACUAUUGCUGCAAAAGACUUUUCGUAAUGAUUAUCUUUAAAACACCUGCUGGUACUUGGUGUGGUUGAAUAGGAAAAAUGUUAUUAAAUAAAACGUUUGUAUGAAUUUUUGCCAAUGUCUGACACAUUUUACUAGAUUGCUGUUAACUGAAUUGCUGGCUUCUCCAAUAUUUUCCUCACACACUUAAAACAUUUAUUGUAAUGUUUACAAGCAAAAAAAGUAAAUCUGUUACAAGCAUUAACUGUUUAGCUUUAUAAUUCAAGUAUAGUACUACCUUGUCCUUAUACACUGGUAUUCUGUGUUAUAGAACAUGAAUUUGUUCUCAAGUUAUUACGCAUUUUCUGUUUUCUUCUAAAAUAUAGAAUUUAGUAUCUAGCUACUGUUAAUACCUUACAAUCAGAACAUGAUCCUGUUUGCAUUAGGCUUAUUCUUUUCUUCUCCCAGUGUCAUAGUGAUGUAUGGGAUCAGCUAGAGGCUGGGAUCCAAAGACACUCUUAAGUUUGUAAAUGAAUUUUAAUGCAGGCAUGUAGUUUCCCUUUUCUUCUUCAGCCUUGCCUCUUUGCAUUGCAUCAGAGACCAUUCCUAGAGAUCUCUAGCCUUUGAAGGCCAGUGCAGAGGACUGUAACUGGAAGAGGUAAGCUUUGUCAGCCGGGGUGGGGGGAGGAGGAAGGAGAGAGCGUGUGAUAGUGAUUAAGUUCCUUGUGCACACUUUUGGAUCCAUGCCAGUGAUAUUAAAUGUUGCACCAGAGUGAAUAAGCAAAGUAGUGUAUAUUUAACAUUUGCUCCUAUAUCAGGCUUUUGCUUUUUUUAAAAGAAAUCCUUUAUUAAAUAUUAUAGAUAAAAAAUAGGAAAAUUCAGUUCUUUGUUUCUGAUAUAGUUGUCAACAUUUAUGCAUUUAGCAAUAUAUAGAUACAGAACAAAAAGAUUUACAGUCCCAUUCGGUAUUAUGUAAACUUUCCAAUAAAAUAUUUUUAUGAGUA